UCCCAGGCAGAUCGCCAGAAGGUGGGCCUAAAAGGAGGGCGCCACUUCCUGCCUGAAAAUGAAUGAGUCCGCGGGGAAGGAGGCAGUUCCCCUUUCAUCUGAACAGUUGAUCCAAAAGAAAACCCAGCUCUUUUUCUACCUAGGCGAAAAAUAGCAACGAUUUGUACGGAGAACCACCUUUGUUCUGCGGUUCUGAGCAAUCUGCCACACCUCGAAGUUGCCUUUGCUGCUUGAUCCUUAUUCCAGGCGGCGCGAUCACGGCAAUCGUGGGCUCUUGAGCUGAUCAUUGCUUCUCCACCCCCUCCUCUGUCUCGCGAUUUCUCUCUUGCAAGAUCCGGGUUGUUGCUGAUCUCUACGGCGUAACUGGAAUGGUUUCUGCGGGUGAGUCUGCAUUUUAAAAUCGCAACCUAAGGAUCUAAUACCGACUAACAAGGAAAGGAGCUUAAACGGAAUUGGCAAAGAUUUUUCUGCUGCUGAGUCACCCAUCAAUACCAUGGGAAACAUUUCAUCCAAUAUCUCUGCCUUUCAGUCUCUGCACAUUGUCAUGUUGGGUCUGGAUUCUGCAGGCAAAACCACGGUGCUCUACAGGCUUAAAUUCAACGAAUUUGUCAAUACGGUGCCUACCAUUGGCUUCAACACUGAAAAAAUCAAGCUAAGCAAUGGAACUGCAAAGGGCAUCAGCUGCCAUUUUUGGGAUGUAGGUGGGCAAGAGAAACUGAGGCCUCUGUGGAAAUCCUAUAGUCGUUGCACUGAUGGUAUCAUUUAUGUGGUGGACUCUGUUGAUGUGGACAGGCUAGAAGAAGCCAAAACAGAGCUGCACAAAGUCACCAAGUUUGCAGAGAAUCAAGGCACUCCCUUAUUAGUGAUUGCCAACAAGCAAGACCUGCCAAAAUCUUUGCCUGUGGCAGAAAUAGAAAAACAGUUGGCUCUUCAUGAGCUAACUCCAUCCACUACUUACCAUAUACAACCAGCCUGUGCGAUCAUUGGUGAGGGUCUCACAGAAGGUAUGGACAAACUGUACGAGAUGAUUCUCAAGCGCAGAAAAUCCUUAAAGCAGAAAAGGAAACGAUAGGCAAGAAGAAAGUGCAUUCCAUUAGAUCAUAGUAUGACUUACUAGUUUGAAGUAUUAGUUAAGGAUGCCGGUGUUUAUAUUAUUUUCCAUAGUAUCACAGAGUCCUUCAAAUAUGCUGAUUUUUUUACAAGUUCAGAUGAUAACAUUGUGCUGACUACCAUUUGGGAUGCUGGUCAGAUCUAUGCAUGCCAGCCUAUCACUUCCAUCCUGCUCUCAGGCCCCAUGAGCCAGUGGGAUAAGAGAAGGCCUCUUCAUAAUAUUCUAGCAGGACUAGAAGGCAGAAACUUUUCCUAUCAGUUGCUUCUGACCUUGUGAACUACAAAUAUGCAAGACGCUUCCCUAAUUCUUUGGACAAUUCCUAUGAGUGGGAGAGAAAAAUCGUAAAGCUUGAUGUGUCAGGGCAGGUCCCUGUUCCAUUCAAAUUAAGAUUUGUGCUGCCAUCUCAGGAUGUUACUACAUGGUGAUGUGUGUGCAUGAAGAUCUAGACAUUGCUCGAUGGGAAAAAUGCUGUGAUUAAGGGGAAAUGUGCAUUAAAAAUACAGCUUUUAUAUGAACCACUUGUGGAAAACUUUCUCAGCCCUACAACAAAGUUACCAAGAUGUUUAUGAUCUGUUGUUGUGUGUGGCUGUUACCAAGAUCAGCAAGUAUGAAAUUGCUGAACAAAUGAGGCUGGGCUACUUCCUGGAGUAAUUUUUAUGUGUUUGGAGGGAAGUAACCUAUGUUCCCUGUCAUUUCAGUUGAGUGUAAGGAUAUACAUAGUGGGUGGACUGUUCUUUUCUUUUUUUCUGUAUUGUCUUUUGGAUGGGUUUUUAAAAUUGGUAAAGAGGGCUGUGUAUGUUAUGUAUUCCUAUAUUAAAGAACUAAGUUGGUGUGUUGAUACACUUGAAUUAAAAAAACUGCUUGGAUCAUUUGUGACCAGUAGCUGCCUCUUGGUGCUACUUUAAGCAACAUUAGAAAAUGUUAUCUUUUCAUAAGUCUACGCACUGUAGCAAUAACCACUAAACAACUUUUUUAAAAAUACCAUGUCUUUGUAACAUUGAACUGUGGACAUAUUGUUUUUCUAACAUUUAAUCCAAUCAAACAAUGUAACUCAUAAUUUAAUUUAUUACUUUAUAAUUUGAUGGCUUUUAUAAUCCAAAGGAUUGCAACUGUGAAUAGCAGUGAAGGAAAAUUCAGAUUUGUCUGAUUUGGUAUAGAAAAUUAAAGAUAUAGAAUCAAAAGGACAUUCUAAAUUUUCAGCUGAGAAAAAUCCCCAGUCUAAUAAAUUAACCUUCCUGUUUAAAUCCAUGGUUCAUUGUUAUGAUUGUCAAGAAUAUAGUAAGAGGCAGACAUUAACAACACAAUGUUAAUAUUAAUUUUAAAAGUACAGGGAAAUUGGCAUUCUUUAUGAAUACUUGCAGUAAUAAUGCAAUCUGUACUUGUCUACCCAGUUGAAUUAUAUCCAAUUACAUACAUUUAUUAGGAAUUAACUCUUUUAUGUUAUUAUAUAAUAAAAGCAAACCUCAUUUAUGGUAUUUAUAUGUGAAUAAGGAUGCAUAUCAAGCUCUAAAGCUAAAGUCUUACAUAGGCUUAUUUGGGAGCAAGACCUAUUGAACAUGGACUUGGUUUUAAUUGAGUCAGUAAUAUUGACCUCCUUGGAAGAAAACCCAUAUCUAAAGAAUAUAGAAUUGUGCAGAGAGAUGAUAUCCCAAAAGUAAAAUAAAGAGUUUGACAACUUUAAUUCUUCAGCUAAUUGUAAAGUCUUUGUGACAGAAAGGCCCAAUCUCUUAUUUUAGAGUUACAUCCAUGAUUCAGUUUCUAAGAGGUGGAUUAGCUACUUUUUGAUGAAAUCAUGUGCGUUCUAGAAAGAGCAACAGAAAAAUGUAAGCUUAUAUUUGACAACACAUUCCAAUCAGUUGAUUUUCUAUUAAUUCUUUUAGGCAACCCUUUUUUAAGAAUGCAAAGACCUCUCUCCUCUUCCAGCUAUAUUGUAUCAGAUUAUUAUGAGAAACCAGAACUACUGCCACUUUUUUCUCUGCAUUUUUAUAUUUACUACAGCUUUAGUUACUGAAUAUUUGCAAUGCAGCUGUAAACAGUACAGGAGUCCUGCCAUGACAUUGGCAUCUGCUGCAAUUCAAUUUCUUUACAUGCUUGAGGAAUUUAUUUACAUGAAUGGAGACUUGUUCACUAAUCCCCAGAGUGGGCUGGUCCCAUUGUUUAAAGUAUUGCUUUUUAAUUGGUUAAUUUCUUCCACUUACAAUUCUCAGGCAUGUUUGUUACCUCAUACCUGAAAAAGAAAGAGAAAUAAUAUAUUUAAUCCAAUUUUGAAGCCAAAUGCUGUCAGUUUUACAAUAUGGUUUAGGAAUUGCUGUUCAUAAUCAAAUUGUAUCAUAAGGCAGAUAUGGUUUUGGAUUCUUUUUCAUUCACAAAAUGUAUUUCUUGCAAAUAAUUAAAAAAACAAGUUUAUUCUGCUUUGUCAGAUCAAGUUGUACAGGUGUUAAAUUAACGCAGUUAGGUCUUGCCAGGCAUACUAGGUGUUAAAUAUGCCAGUGUCUUUAGUGGAUUAAUUUUGGUAGCAAAGAAAUUUUGAUCAUUUUGAGUUACACACAGUUAGAAACACUGCCAUGCAUAUUAUUUUUAAAGUCAGACUUUCUUCUACUGUUCAAAAAUAAUCCUGGCUAGUAUCUUCAUGAAUUAUCUGAGCAAAAGAGAAUACCUGAAGAUAUAUGAUGGUUUAAAAUGUUGCUUUUAAAAUAUUGCAUAAGUCUCAUUUCUAAGGCAGAUUUGUCCUAGUUUAAGUAUUUUGUUCUCUUUAAUAAUGUUUGGAGAAUGUUAUCAAAUACUACAAGACACUAGUCUC